AUGCGCUCAAAUGUCUUCAAUAAUAGAAGAUUGCCCCAGGGUAACUCGACAGAUUCUAUUUUAACAGAAAAAUUAAAUAAAUUGCUGAAUAGAUUGGCCAAAUACUUCAAAAACUCAAAGGAUAGAAUUGAAAGUGUGAAACCAGAAGAUGAAAAGGCCCAGAAUUUGGAAGGAUGCUUUGAAAAGAUGGAAUUAGAUAUAAAAGUAACUAUAGAAAACAAUAACAUUACUUGCUUAUCAUGUGGUGAGAUGGAUACUUUAUCUAAUAUUAAUAAUCAAACACAAUUACAAGAAGACAAAAUAAAAAUAGUCCAAGAUUUAUUGAAGAAAUUGGAUAACGCUUUAAAGUGCAAAUUUGAGAUAUGA